AUGUCAAAAAUAGUUCAUAGUGUAUCAUGUAAAACACGUGAUGAUAAAGACAAAUCUCAUAUACCAAAACAAACUCGUCGUAAUACUCAUACACACAUGGACAGCGAGACAAUAAUCAGUACUCUUACUGGUUUUGAAAAUGAUCUUGGAGAAAAAUUAGAACAAAUAGAUCGUGAAGCUGAAUUACAAGUACAACAAAUUGAAUUAAGUGAAUGUCUUAUGUUAACUUCUCAACUUGUUGAUUUAUUUAAACAUACUGUAAUCACAUUUGAACUACAGAAUCAAAAUGAUUGGCAUAAUGAUACUCGACAUCAAUUAAAAAAACGUAAAACUGUAACUGUCAAUACACUUCUUGAUGAUAAAAUCGAAAAAAUCGUUAUUAAUAAAGGUUUAACGAAAGAACAAUGGAAAUGUCUUCUUUAUAUAUCUUUUAUUAAUGGUGAUACAAUAGAAAUAACGAAAGUUAACAAAAAACAUCUACAUAAAAUACGUGACAAAGCUUCACGUUUAUUGGAACCUGAUGAACGUGAUGCAGUACUUGCGCUUAUCAAUGCUAUUGAAAAACAUAUGCCAAAAGAACAUUUCAUAAGUAAAUGA